GUGUUCACCGCCAGAUUCUGUUUGUUACCGUGGGAUGGUUCGCUGGCUAUUUCCUUGUCAAACGCGCUGAGUAUGUCCACGCUAAACUGGACAGAGAGCUGUUUGAUUAUGUCAGGCGGCACCCUGAAGACUUUAAGGAAGCAGAAAAGAAAAGAAUAGGAGAGCUUCUGGAGGAUUUCAAUCCAAUCCGCUGAUGCAUCUGCUGAGCCAGUUCUGUGCUGAGAACUCCUCGGGGCUGCCUGCAGCCUUUCAGCUGCCCGGGGCGUGGAAGAGGAACCACAAUAAAAAUUAAUGAUGAAAUUCCAA